GAUAACUCACAGCUGAUCCUGACGUACCUAAACUGUCAGCUAGCGCCUGGCAGAUAUCAGAAUUCAGAAGAGCAGGCCGAGAAGUAGGUAUCAAGUUAGCAGUUGGAAACUUGGAACAUCAUUAAAAAUGGCCGACGAAGUAGAAUUAGCUAAUAAGGCAGAAGCUGGUGGAGAUACUAUAUUUGGGAAGAUAUUGAGAAAAGAAAUACCUGCAAAGUUUGUAUACGAAGAUGAUCAGUGUGUAGCCUUUCAUGAUGUAAACCCUCAAGCACCAACCCACAUCCUUGUGAUCCCUCGGAAGCCAAUAGCACAGCUUUCCAAAGCUGAGGAUUCUGAUGAGCAGCUGCUAGGACAUCUCAUGAUCGCGGCCCGUAAAGUUGCAGCAAAGGAGGGUCUGGAUAAAUCUGGUUUUCGAAUUGUCAUAAAUGACGGGAAAAAUGGAGCGCAAAGCGUGUACCACUUGCACAUCCAUAUUCUCGGUGGUCGACAAAUGCAAUGGCCUCCUGGCUAAUUAUAGUCUGUUAAUUAAUUAAAAUUGUGCGUUAUA